AUGUCUCAGAAUAAGGAAGAGGCCAUCAAGGUCAAAGAUGAAGGAAACCAAUACUUGAAAGAACACAAGUUUGACGAAGCUGUUGAACUGUAUACCAAAGCCAUUGAACUCGAUCCAUCAAAUGCAGUCUUUUACUCCAAUAGAGCUCAGGUUCACAUCAAGAUGGAGAACUAUGGACUAGCCAUCCAGGACUGUGACUCCGCUCUUGCUGUCAACCCCAAUUUCCUCAAAGCUUACUAUAGAAAGGGGGUGGCGCAAAUGGCCAUCUUGCAGCACAAGCAAGCUCAACGGAAUUUCCAAAUCAUAUUGAAGAAAUUGCCUAAUGAUGCGUUGACGUUGGAGAAUUAUAAACAGUGUACGAAUUACUUGAAGAGACAGGCGUUUGAGAAGGCCAUUGCUGGGGAAGAUCGGGUUUCCAUAUUGAAUACUGUUGAUUAUGAAGGGAUCCAGUUGGAGAAAUCGUGGGAAGGGCCAGAGUUGCAGAUAACCACCAGUAAGACUAAAGACGAGAAUAAGAAGGAUCAAGUUGUGGUUCAUAUUGAAGGAUUGGAUGUGGCGUAUCUCAAGUAUAUGAUCAAGUUGUUUAAAAAGGGGGGCAAAUUACCGAAAAAGCAUGUGCUUGCCAUUAUUUCCAAAGUGAAUGAGAUAUUGAAACGAGAGCAAACAAUGACUGAAAUCUCAAUUAAUCAUACCAAAUUGCAAGCUCCCGACAAUAAAGAUGAAAUAAUUGGCGGACUGAAGUUGACAGUUGUCGGCGACACACAUGGACAAUUUUAUGAUGUGUUGAAUUUAUUUCAGAAAUUCGGUUACGUAUCCAAAGACCAUGUCUACUUAUUCAAUGGUGACUUUGUUGAUCGUGGGUCUUGGUCGUGUGAAGUGGCCUUGUAUUUGUACGUGUUGAAGAUUCUUUACCCGCAUUCGAUAUUCAUCAAUCGUGGUAAUCAUGAAACUAGCGAUAUGAACAAAACAUACGGAUUCACCGAUGAAUGUGAAGCAAAGUAUUCCAAAAAGAUUUUUGAAGCUUUUAGUGAAUCGUUUGCCGCGUUGCCAUUGGCGACUUUGAUCAAUCGAGAAUACUUGUGUAUGCACGGAGGAUUAUUCUCAAACGAUAAAGUGACAUUGCAAGAUAUAAAAUCCAUCAAUAGAUUCCCCAAAAAUGGGUCAACCCAACCACCAAAGGAAGGGUUGGCGAUGGAACUAUUAUGGACCGACCCACAAGAGACCAAUGGAAGAUCACCGUCAAAACGAGGUAUUGGAAUGCAAUUUGGACCAGAUAUAACUGAAAGAUUCUGUCUCUCUAACAAGGUACGAAAAAUUUUGCGUUCGCAUGAAGUGAGAAUGGGGGGUGUUGAAGUUGAACAGCAUGGUCGGUUGAUCACCGUUUUCAGUGCCCCUGAUUAUUGCGACUCUACUGGUAAUUUGGGAGGAGUUGUCCAUUUCACCGAGAAUGAGGCAUACGAUCCUGCUAAAGAUGAUGGGGAAGGGUAUAGACGAGUUGAUGAUGAUAAUUGUCCUUGGACUUUGACUCAGGAGACAUUUGAAGCUAGUCCACAUCCUGAUAUCAAGCCUAUGGCUUAUUCUAAAGGUGGAUUUGGGUUCUGA